AUGGAGCAGCCGCCCCAGCAGCAGCCGCCCCUGGAGCCGUCACUGCAGCAGCCGCUCCUGCAGCAGCAGCCCCAGGUGCAGCCGCCCCAGCAGCAGCCGCCCCUGGACCCGGUACGCCCUUUGCUGCCUGUGCCUGUGCUGCCCGUGCCUGCGCUACCCGUGCCUGUGCUGCCCGUGCCUGUGCUGCCCGUGCCUGUUGCUGCCCGUGCCUGUGCUGCCCGUGCCUGUGCUGCCCGUGCCUGUGCUGCCCGUGCCUGUGCUGCCCGUGCCUGUUGCUGCCCGUGCCGGUGCUGCCCGUGCCUGUGCUGCCCGUGCCUGUGCUGCCCGUGCCUGUGCUGCCCGUGCCUGUGCUGCCUGUGCCUGUGCUGCCUGUGCCUGUUGCUGCCCGUGCCUGUGCUGCCCGUGCCUGUUGCUGCCCGUGCCUGUGCUGCCUGUGCCUGUUGCUGCCCGUGCCUGUGCUGCCCGUGCCUGUGCUGCCCGUGCCUGUUGCUGCCCGUGCCUGUGCUGCCUGUGCCUGUUGCUGCCUGUGCCUGUGCUGCCCGUGCCUGUGCUGCCCGUGCCUGUGCUGCCCGUGCCUGUGCUGCCCGUGCCUGUGCUGCCCGUGCCUGUUGCUGCCCGUGCCUGUGCUGCCCGUGCCUGUGCUGCCCGUGCCUGUGCUGCCCGUGCCUGUGCUGCCCGUGCCUGUUGCUGCCCGUGCCUGUGCUGCCCGUGCCUGUGCUGCCCGUGCCUGUGCUGCCCGUGCCUGUGCUGCCCGUGCCUGUGCUGCCCGUGCCUGUUGCUGCUCGUGCCUGUUGCUGCCCGUGCCUGUGCUGCCCGUGCCUGUGCUGCCCGUGCCUGUUGCUGCCUGUGCCUGUUGCUGCCUGUGCCUGUGCUGCCCGUGCCUGUGCUGCCCGUGCCUGUUGCUGCUCGUGCCUGUUGCUGCCCGUGCUUGUGCUGCCCGUGCCUGUGCUGCCCGUGCCUGUUGCUGCCCGUGCCUGUGCUGCCCGUGCCUGUGCUGCCCGUGCCUGUGCUGCCCGUGCCUGUGCUGCCUGUGCCUGUUGCUGCCCGUGCCUGUGCUGCCCGUGCCUGUGCUGCCCGUGCCUGUGCUGCCCGUGCCUGUGCUGCCUGUGCUGCCCGUGCCUGUGCUGCCCGUGCCUGUGCUGCCCGUGCCUGUUGCUGCCCGUGCCUGUGCUGCCCAUGCCUGUGCUGCCCGUGCCUGUGCUGCCCGUGCCUGUGCUGCCCGUGCCUGUUGCUGCUCGUGCCUGUUGCUGCCCGUGCCUGUGCUGCCCGUGCCUGUGCUGCCCGUGCCUGUUGCUGCCCGUGCCUGUGCUGCCCGUGCCUGUGCUGCCCGUGCCUGUGCUGCCCGUGCCUGUGCUGCCUGUGCCUGUUGCUGCCCGUGCCUGUGCUGCCCGUGCCUGUGCUGCCCGUGCCUGUGCUGCCCGUGCCUGUGCUGCCUGUGCUGCCCGUGCCUGUGCUGCCCGUGCCUGUGCUGCCCGUGCCUGUUGCUGCCCGUGCCUCGUGCUCGCGCCCUCGUGCGCUCUGCUACUGUCUGCGCCCUCGUGCGCUCUGCUACUCUGUCGCUGA